AUGCGAUCCGAAGGAGCGGAGGUGUUCACGCAUAACGGUUUACGCCUCGUGUUCAGGUAAUAGUGUUGCAUAUAGGUGUUGGAUUUGUACUUUUUCACAAUGCCUGCCAAAAGAGAUAAGCGAACGGCAGCUAAAAUUACUACUAAAGCAGAAGAAAAUCAGAGAAAUACAGACGAGCAGGGAACAGAGAAACCCCCAGCAAAAAAUAAAGGCAGGGUUCCAAAAGCUAAAGCUGUUGGAGAGCAAGCCGAACAAACUGAAGCUCCGGAGAAGAAGCCGGGACGGGGCAGAAAGAACGUGACAGCUACUAGAACUUCUGAUGAAAAUGGAAGUGAGGCUGCAAAAAAUGUGCCUAAGCGAGGACAGGCAUUGAAGAAAACGGAAACUGAAAAGUCUAAAGAUACAGGUAAUGAUGUAACAGAGUUACAGCGGAAAGGGGCUAGUCGAGCGACCAAAAAAGAUACCAAAGUUGGUGAGGUAGUGGCGCAGGCAAGAGGAAGAAAAGCCACUAACAAAGGUGCAGGCAAUGAAGAUGGAGAGCCCGCUGUUAAGAAGUUGCGAAAUCCAGCCAAAACUAAAGACAGCAAUGAAGCUAAACCGAAGCGUAAGGUGCGGCAGCAGAAGAAGGAGCCUAAGGGCAAAGAAGUGAAUGAGGAGGGUAAUGAACUCUUAGAUAAUGGUGACAGUGCCCAAGGUGCAGACAGGAGUGAAGAACUCAGAGUUUCUGUUGAGCAUUGUAAAUCUUGACAAGUGUUCCGCCGCCGGGCUGUGGAGCUGAGUAAUGCAUUAAGAACUCUGUGGCCUAAUAUUGAAAUUACAUUAAAUUCUAAAGUACCUAGAAGGGGAGCCUUUGAAUUUGUUCUCACCAAAAGUGAUGGUUCAGAUGUCUUAAUUUGGAGUGGAAUUGAGAAGGGACCUCCACGCAAAGAAAAAUUUCCUGAACCUGAGAAGCUGAUAAGAGCUUUAAAAGCUGCAUUAUAGAUUUUUGUAUGAUAUAUCCUGUUGUUUCCAAGUUAUGACAAGCUGAAUGUAAAGAAUCUUAUAUUCUCAGUUAGCUUUGAUGUUAAUGGAACCAAUCAGUAUAAGGUCGCAUAAAAAUCCUACCAUGUUUAAUUUUUUACCGUUCCUGCAAAUUUUAAAUGAUUUGAGAAAUAUAUGUGUGCCAGUCCAUUUGAGAGACUUGGUUUACUUGAUUUCUGAGAGAUGUCAUGUUUAUCAUUAUCACCUGUUGUCAAUUGCAAGGGACCAACACCAAGUAAUUUUUCUUGCUGAUAUUGUUUUCAGUUAUCUUUACCACUAGUCAUAUGACUAAACCUCACAUAAUACUUUCUUGUGUUGUGUUGUAAGUAUCCAUUUCAAAAGGCUAUGUGUUAUUAAUGGCUUUUAAUUGUAAUGAAGAAUUCAGGUCUUCUUUCCCACUGAAUUUAAGUCUAUUCAUCUUAAAGUUCUUGUGUUACAUUUACUGUGAAGUACUUUACUCAAGUUUAGUAUGACUUGAAGCAAGUGAGUGUUCAGUCAAAGCUUAGUUUCUUAAAGCAUUUCAGUAGUAUUAUGAUGUCAUUUGUUUCAAGGGUUUGGAAAGAGAAAACAGUUUCUUUGCAUUAAGAUUUAGGAUGGCAUAAGUUAAGUAGAUGGAUUGUAAGAAUGUAUGGGAUUACUUUUCCAACUCUUGUUAUAUUUCAAUAUGUAUCCAGUUUUACAGGUUGCAAUCUCACUUGUGUAUGUGUCCGGGAUUUUAGUUAAUAAAACCUGUUUACAGAAGUUGCAGAUUGUAUUUGUUAUACCUAUAUGCAAAUUAGUGUAGUGAACUUCCUUGUCAUGAACUAAAUAACCUAGUAUUUAUGCCUGUCCCCUCUGGGGUUAUGGAAGUAACUUAAGUUGAAGCAAACAUUUUGCAGUGUUAUAUUACAGAUUUGUCUAGUGAAUAAUAAAUUUAUAAAGUUUAUCAAAAACCCCUUUGCCAUAUUUUUCAGCGGUUCUUAAUAGGCUUUUCACGGAAAAUGUAGAAGAGGGUAAAAGCUUAUACAUAUAGAAAAGAGCUACUUUUAUGCUGAGCUGUGGGUUUGAAAGCAGAAUUAACGAAAAUAUUCACAUAAAGAUGGCACUAGCUGGGCUUAUGUUGUUUUAGUUGUAGGCUCUCGACAAUAGAUGGCAAUGCCAUCCAUAGUGUCCAAAGUAUUAAGUAGUCAAAGAUAUUUCGUUUUAAGUAUGAAUUGUUACGAUGCUAAUACCUGUUGGAAAUGCCUAAUAAUAUUGUGUGGAUUAUUUUCGUAAUUAAAUAUAAAGCAAUCUUUCUAACCACGGACCACAAAACAAUGAUCAUUUUGUAUUGUAAAGUUAUAUCUUGUUCCUAGGUGCUUUGCAUUUCUGUUCGUAGGUUUGUGAGCGGACAUUUUCUAUUUUUGCAUUGGUGGAUAUUAAGUGUAUGGAAAUAUUUGAGAUUAGUCGUGUAAGAUGUUUCCCUUUUAACUUUUGUAAUACCUUGUUGACGAUAACGUAAAGUGCGUGUAUAUUUAAGGUGUAAGCAGCGUGGAUGUUGUGUGUUUGUGUAUGAUGUACUGACUAAAAAUAAAGUAAUCUGUGAUAAAAACGGUAGCCCAGUUUGUUGAUUAAAAGACUCAAAUACAAAUCGAACAUUUUCAGAAUGUCUGUUUCAUCUAGUGGGGGAAAAAGUCAUGACAAACAUGAUUCAGUUUCGGAAGGUGAUGAGGAGGUGGCAGUGUCAAUUUCGGAGGGUGAUGAAACCCUUGACCAUCGGAUGGAGGAGGCCCAGAAAGGAACUCCUGUUCUGCCUCAUUUCCAAUAUACAAGGGAGGAACUUAUGGAAUUCCAGUCCCAUCCACUGUCUAAGAGGAGACCAGAAUGCUUAGAUCCUGCUUUCAAUAAUUCUCGUGGAGUUUGGGAUCCAGAACGCUGGCAUCUGGACAGGAAGAGAUCAGAGACUCCUCCAGACGAUGAACGUGGUGUUCGUGGAGACCUCCCAAUGGACCAUAAGCGGCGACCUGGUGAUCCCCGAGAACGGAUUCGUAAGGAACAGGAUGGUAUAGUUUUAAGUCCUCAGCGCCGAAGUUUCAAUUCUGGAUGCUAUGUGAAUGUUAAUCAGAAUAGUAGACGAGCUGAGAGCCCUCUAGGGAAGACGGACAGAGACAGAGAUGUAGGCCAUCGAGACAUGGCCCCAACCCGACGUAUAGGCAGUGGUCGUAUUUUGGCCCAUACUGCAUGGGACUUCCGGUUUGAUCGAGAGAAAGACUCAGAUCAGCAGAUGGAUUAUGCUUUUCAGCGUAGUGGAAGCAGUGGCACCACCAGAGAUCGAGAACGCGAUAGAGAUCGUGAUGAAAGGUAUGAACGUCGGUCAUUUGGUCGUGAGUUUGACCGUGACCGAGAUAAGGAUCGUCAUCGAGAUCGUGCUGAAAGAAAUCGUUAUGCUGAUCGUCGACGAGCAUACAGUGAUAGUCGAGAGGAGGAGCCAGAAUGGUUUUCAGGUGGUCCAACAUCACAGCAUGAUACAAUUGAACUCCGAGGUUUUGAGGAUAUUCCUGAAGAGCAAAUGGCACGUGGUGUGUCCAAGAAACAGUCCCCUUCCCAGUCCAAAGCAGGGAAAUCAAAUUUACGUACAGCAGCUUUGAACCGUAAGUCUUCAGAUUCAUUGCUGCAACAGCAGACCAACUCAGCAGGUCCGACAGGUCGCAGUACUCCGACACCUAUUGGAGCUAUCACUGAUCCACCUGCUGCCCCCCAUUCUCCCAUAUCAACAUCAAAAGCAAAUGAUAUUACAUUAACAGUCAGGGCAUCUGAAGAAGAUUCUUCUGCUGGCAAGCCUACCAUGAAUUGGGAACCAGAGAAUACAGAGCAAAAUGGAUCCCACACGUUGCAGAACUCUGAAUUCAAUCUGGACCUGGAUGACAUUCUUAAAAUUGAUUCCCUGCCAUUGUUAACGAAUGGUACAGCAAUGGAGGGCUCAGCUGGUUCCAGAUUUUGUCAGUUUUUUCGACGAGACAGUCCCGUGAAUCAGCCUGAAAGUCGCCGUUCCUCACUUCAAGAUGAACUGCUUAAUAAUAUUAUUAAUGAUAUUACAGAGCCAAACAUUGUGAUUCCACCCAUGAGUGAGUCAGACACAUACUUCGCCCCAAUCUCUCCAGCAGCGAAUACAGCAACAUCUACAGUAUCAGUGUCUGCAGUUGGUAGUAGUGUAAGCAGCAAUGUCAUGAGCUCUGGAAAUGGUGGUAAUACUGGUGGGACUGGCAGUAGUGGUUCAGUAUGUGUGAAGCCUACAUUAUUGCUAGAGAUGUUACAGAGAGGUGGUCAGAAUCAAUCAACCCAGGGUGAUGCAACAUUGCCUACCAUUAUCAGAGCACCCAGUAUCAGGGACUUAGAAGCUGCUGGGAAGAUGCAAAGUGUGGAGGAACUGGAAGCUAGAAUGAGGCAACAGGGUCUGAAUGUUGUGCAGCAGAACAACAAGAACAUAAUACAGUCAUCUUCGAAUAAAAACACUGAAGAGGAUUUGGUAGCCUUCAAAAAGCUGCUUGCGCAGGUGUCUGAUGGUAAAGUCAUACCUGCUACAGCCAUGAAUGGUGAACUUCCUCAGAAACCACACCCACUUAGUUUGCUGCAGAUGCUAAAUAAAUCUCAACAAGAAACUCCAGUGACUGUAGGAAGGCCUGUGACACACCAGCAGUCACUAAACACAGCUGUAUCAUCAUCGGCAGACCAGGUUGGCCUAACUCCACUGUCAGGGUUUGGACUCAGUUCCCAUCCCAGCCCUGGCCCCACUGUUGUUACUUCACAGCCACACAUGCAAAUUCCACAAGAUCUUGUUAUGAAGCUACUUCAGUUGCAACAGCAGCAGCAACGACAACAGCAGCAAGAAGUGCUGAACAAAUUGCUUGUGUCAAGCCAGCAGCAGCAGCAACAGAGCCAAGCUUCAUCUCGCCUUGGUCAUGUGCCUGUUGCCGUAACUGUACCAACCCAGUUCCAAGUACCACCACCGCCAUCAUUGUCUCCAUUGCCCCCUGAACUUCAGCUGAUGAUAACCAGUGCUCAGCCCAGUAGGGAGUUACUGCAAAGGCCAGAAGCCCAGGCCAUCAUUCAAGGACUAAAACAUGGUGAGAUCACACCUCAGCACUUGGUGCAGCAGUUGCAAAAUUCUGCGAUGCAGCAUCGCCACAGGGAAGUUCUUGUUAGCAUCUUGAAGUUGCAAAUGCAGCCAGGUGUGUCUCCUCGAGCCACUUCUCCGCACCCUCAUGUACAGCAGCCAGAACUGCUACAUCAGAUGAUGUUGCAGCAGCAGCAACAGCAGCACCAGCAGCAGCAGUUGCGUAUUCCAUCUCCUCUAAAUAGCGGUUAUUGUCAGCAGUCCUCUGUCAUAUCUCCUAACUUGGCCAGCAAUCCCAACACUUUGUCAGUUCAGCAUACAGUUUUACCACAUCGAGUGCCCACACCUCGUGAGCUGAUUGCCCAUACACAAAACAUAAUGCAGUCAGCACUCAUAAAGAAGAAAUUGGAGGAGCAGCAAGAGAAUUUUCGCAAACGGCAAGAAAUGCAGCAGUCCCUUUCUCCAAGUAUGCCUGGAAUGUCAAGUAAUGCAACAAAUAAUAGUGGAUUGAAGAUUAAUGACUCUUCAUCUCCUGCAAAACACAUGUCAUCUCCAACUCCCCUUGCCUUCACUCCAACAUCAGUGUUGAGAAAGAUGACUGCUGAGAAAGAGGCUGAGACUUCAGGUGGACCAGUCAGUGCUUUGAGAAUUGAAUCAAAGGCAGCUGUUUCAGCUUCUAAUGAUCUGAAACCCCAGUCUGUAGCCAUCCAAGCAUCACAACGACAGUCACUUUCUAGUACACAGUUAAGGUCCCAGCAGACAACAGCUCCACCAUGGAAUAUAACAAAACAACACCCAGGACGUCCAAUAGUUAAAGGUAAUGCCAACUUCCAGUAUGCAGCUAAUGUUGAUUACCAGCAACAGCAGCAACACCGCCAUAAUUCAGUGCUGUCUAGUGGUGGUAGUUACAGUAACAGUGUACAAAGAUCAAAAAUGACACUCGCUACACCUCCUCCAAAUAUGACUCCACAGUUCAACUCACUCAUGAUGAUGCAUCGACCACCUAAUGUUAGAGCUCAGACAAUUCAAGCUCAUUUGGCAACAUUGCAUCAGGCACAACAUCACACACAACAGCAACAGCAACGUAACCUAUCAGCAUCAUCGUUACAACAGUUACUUCUAAAUCAGAAUUUUGGCAAUGCAGGACGAGGCUCAGGCAAAUCAGAUUCUCGUAUGUUGAGAUCCCAGCAGUCUCAGGCAAUGGCAAUUGGACGUCAGGGCCAAACAAUGAACCUUCCAGUUAAUCGAGACAUGUCAACUUCACCGACAAGCAACCAACUGGCACGAUGGUUCUCCCCAGAGCUGCUAGCACAAGCUCGUGCAGGUCAACUACCAGAUAUGCCACCAAUACCAUCAACACAGAACAUGUUAAGUUUGGAGGAAUUGGAGAGGCUGCAACAAGCUUCAGCUGCUGUUCAUAACUGAAUUGGAAACAAGUUAAGGGCUUGUUACUGUAAUUAGUUAUAAUAAUGGAUGAGGUUUUCACUGGACUUUUCUAUUUUGCUGACUUUGGAGAAAGUAUUGUUACUUUACACUAUGGUUAUGGUGCAAAUCUGUCAAAAGGUACAGUCAUUUUGCUUAGGUAGCCCAUGACAGAAGUAAUAAAAGUAGAUACUUUAAUUCUGCCAUUGAGAAACUAUAAAUUUCUUUAAUGAUUUUGAUUUUUUGUUUGUUUCCUUUCCAUGUUAAGUAUCUGGAUUUGUGUCAACAAAUCAUAGUGGUUCCUCCAUCAGUCAGAAAGUGGAAGACAGAUUUACACAGAAGUGCCACACAGUGUUGUAUAUGUAGACAAUACUGUUAUGGAGAAUAGUAUUAAAAUGAAGUGAAAUAAAUACUCGAAAUUUAACUGGCCAAAGAAAACUGUUCAUAGGUAAUAUUUAAUAUUACAUGUAUGUAUAUAUGCAGAGUAAGUUAGGUAAUACAACACCACAAUUUUGUAUUCUGGUACUGUAAUUCUGUGAAAUGAGGAUGGAAGGCCUAUUAUAGAAGUCUUUUUAUAAAUUAUGAGAAGGUUUCUUGAAUACUGAAAUUCAUAUUCAUGGUUUUGGAAUGUCACAUCAUAAUGUGAACGGUAUGAUUGGAAAUAAAGCUGUAUUGGGAGCAGUGAAGGCAGAAAGACCAGUUGAAAUAAAUAUGUAUAGAAAUAAUCAACAUAGAAACGUGGUGUGAAAGCUUAUUGUUAAUUUUCUUGCUUUACAGAGAUGAGUGCAUUAGUGUGUGAGAUUUGAGAAUGGGGAAAAUGUCAUCUGAGAAUAAUAAUUUCUAUGGUUAAGUGAAGAAUUACAAUGUUCAAAGUCGUGGGAUUUCUCUGUGCUUACUCUGUUUUAGCUGUAAUGUAAACAGAUUAGGAACAAAUUCCUAUUUGAUAUGUGUUUGCACAGUUUUCUUUUGUCAUGUGGUUGUAGAAAAAUGGGAAGAUGGGAGGUAUGUUUCCUUACAAAAGAAAUAGUCCCCCUUUUAAAUUUGUUUUUCUGCAGUUUAAAAGUGGAAGAAAAGUAAUUAAAUUGAAUCCUGAAAACAAUGGCAUAUGUUAAAUAUAUAUUUAUAUUUUUGUAGGCACAGAUGAAAAAAAGAUUAAGGUAUGACUUGUAGUUUAGUGGCUGUAACACAGGUAUCUAAAUUAUUUAAAGCAUGUAGAAAGGUUACCCUAAUGCAGAAGGAAUGAUAGGUUGAAUCUGGAUUUAUGAGAGUGAGUGCAAAGAAAUUUCUGACCAACUAUGAUUGAUGUAAUAAUGAAGAAUCGCUAAAUGUUCCAGUUUAAGUUAAAUUUCAGUAUUGUUCCCAUUCAGCGUGAUAGUGUUGAGAAUUUUCUGAAAACUGAGAUGUGAUGUUAACAAUUAUUUGUUCAAAGUGUGGUUAUCAGAACCUACAACUAAUAGUUAACUUUUGAAGAAGCAGUAAUAGUAGUUUUCCAUACUUAGGUCGGAAAGAAGUGUGAGGAACGAGGAAGUCAGUGUAUAUGUGGUAUGUUUGAUGACAAAAUAUAGUGAACAAAUUAAGACACCAGCAUUAAGUGGUUGGUAGAAAGAAAAUAAGUCCUUUCCUCAUUUUGGAAACAAUUUUUUUUUGUUUUGACACUUGAAAAGGAAACUUAAAAAGAGUCACUGCCAGUAGUUUGCUUCAUGAAAGUUGGUUGGAAGAAAUGGCUGUGAGUCAUGUGGACAUUGUUCUUCCUUUUGUUAAUGACAGAUUUUUUUUUGUAACAGAACAAAUGGCCAAACAUUUGUAGUGCAAAAGUUAAUAUGGUACACUUGCUUGAGAAUGAUCUGGUAAAAGAACAUGCAUUCCAGUGAAAUGAACGCAUAGGAUGUUAAUGGUGAUUUUUUUUUUAAGUUUAUAGAAUAUUUAUUAAUUUUCUUUAGCAUUUUCAUGUUUCUCACAUUUGAAAAAUGAGUGUUUUUUUUUUAAGUAUGCUCAGUGUUUGCUGAAGAAGACUCCUUCAGUGCAGCAGGAUAUGCUAUCCUCUCCGUUCUUCAGGCAAGAAUAUAAGACUGUUCCUUCAUACAAGCUUUUUGUCGGCUGCUGUGUAAAUCCUAGUGGAAGUAGGGUUAUGAACAUAUUGCUUCUUUGAGUCAUUAAAUGAAGAAUGAGUGUGGUUCUUUUUUGUUGAAUGUUGUAUAAAAAGUUUUGUGCAUCUGUAUGUGAGUGAAAAAAUGUGGAUGUCUGCNCAUGUUUUCAAUAUGGGUGAGAUGGGGGGGGGGAUAUAGAAAACCUACAAUACCAUAUUGAACAUGACAAGAAAGGAGAAAUGUGAUGUUUAAAAAGUGACUUAAUAUGGGUUUAUUAAGAAUAAAUGCAAGUAAUAUUCAUGACAGACUAAUUCAUAGCACAAAGAAAUGAAGAUCUAUGUGCACGUUACCAGAUGCUUUUGUCUUAAAUAAUUUAGAAGUAGAUUACAUGUUACACAGAACAAAUGUAGCUGCAGAAACGUCUGACCUUCUGAAAUUCAAACUGAAAUGGUGUGUCAUACAAAGGAACUAAAUAAUUUCUUCCAAUAAAUUGUGUUUUUGGAAUUGCUUAUCUCUUGCAGUAUCAGUGUAUGCAUUGAUUUUUGUAUGUUUAUUAUUUUAUGAUCUUGGCUUUGACUACUGAAAGACUCCUCAUAUUUUAUGUCACCUUGAACUAUUCUCAUUUCCAGUCAGCCUUUAUGGGCAUACAAAAUCAUUGUAAUCAGUGGAGGUUGUAUAGAAAGCUUCUGUGGCAAGAAAAUUAUAAAAUUAAAUAUAUGGAUCUGAUUUGAUUUUUAUAAUCUUGGUGAUUGUUCUGGACCCCUAGCAUUUAUAAGAGGAGAAUGUUAUUCAGAGAUAUCAUGGCGAGGUAAAUAAAUAUGAAUUCAUAUACAAGUAUAGCCAAGAUAAUUUUCUAGUUAGGUGACACACUGAAGCUCUCAUAUGUUGCAAGGUUAGGAAUUAUUUUUGUCCACCCAGAAACAUUUGUACUCUCAGCAUACAUACUGGAACUCCAAGCAGUAACUUUCUUUAUUUCUCAGCUUCUCUCUCAGUUUGGAUCAGUGUGUGAGAUGUAGUGUCAAGAUUACUGUGCGAUUCCUAAUACCUGCUACAACAAUGAAAACUAGACCUUAUUUGUUGAAGUACAUGUGUUCCCAGCAUAUAUGUACACUUGCUACCCUACAACUCAACAUGAUAGGAAAAACAUCAGAAUAAGCUAGAUAACCAUUUCAGUAGUGGCAGUUUCUUUUAUAAUGCCAAGUGUGAAGAAGUAAUCAGGACUUGCGUUUAGUGUUCCAACUUGGUAAUCUGUGUGUAUGUGGACAUUUGCAUAGUAUUUUAACUGCGUGAUAUUACUAGAAAGUCUUCAUUUUGGCAUACACAUUCUGAAUCAACUUCAUGUGGAAUGAACCAUGUUACUUGUUACAUUAACAGCUGUAAUUUGAAUGUAGGUUCAGUGUAUCUCAGUAUCAGGAGUUACAGUGAUGUGUACUAUGUAAUUAGGUGAUUAUAUGCAAUUAAAGCAGGAGCAUCUUUUUAGAAAGA